AUGUACCUCCUAAUCGAAAAUAUAGAUCGGCACCGCAUCGACGGCAAUCCUCUAAUUUUGUCAAUCGAUAGUAUUGAUUGUGUCAAAAUUUUUGUCAACGUGGACGGAUUACCUUUGACGAAAUCAUCACAACAACAAUUUUGGCCUAUCUUAGAAUCAAUCUUUCCGUACGAAAAUGUUUUUAUUAUUGGAAUAUAUCACGGCAAUGAAAAACUGGAAAAUGCGAAUGAUUUUUUGAAAGAUUUUGUAAACGAGGCAAAAGAAUUAUGUGAAAAAGGCAUUAAUAUUGACAAUCGAAAUAUACCAUGCAGAAUUGAAGCGUUAAUUUGUGACACACCUGCCAAAGCAUUUGUUCUAUGUGUUAAAGGACAUUCUGGAUAUUCCAGUUGUACAAAAUGCACAACUGAAGGAGAAUACAUUGACAGACGAAUGUGUUUUCCACAAAUUGAUGCACCACGUAGAUCUGAUGACGAUUUCAUACAGAAAAUAUACGAUACUUACCACAAGCCAAAUACAACUUGCAGCCUGUUAAACAUACCUUAUUUCAAGCCCGUUACAAAUGUGCCAUUAGAUUACAUGCAUUUG